CAAUAAUAUUAUUCAUAAUUGUUGUUCGUUUUUCAUGUUUUAAGUUUUACCUAUUUGUUACAAAUGGAAAAAGGUAAAUCCACAAAUGAAAAAGAUUCAGAAUCGACUACUGUCAAAAUGAAAACUGAAACGGGAAAUGUUGAAUUAAAGAGAGAAUUAGAAUUAGUAUCGGCUAUUAGUUUUAAUAUUAGUUGUAUGAUUGGGUCAGGGAUAUUUGUUUCACCUACAGCAGCGUUUUCAUAUUCUGGAUCCAUUGGAAUGUGCAUAAUUGUUUGGUUCACAUGUGGGCUAAUUUGUUUACUUAAUGCAUUAGUAUUUGCGGAGCUUGGAACUGUUGUACCUAGAUCGGGUAGUAUUUAUGCAUACUAUACGGAAGCAUUUAAUAAUCUACAUCCGUUUUGGGGACCAAUACCAGCAUUUAUGUAUGCGAUAUUAAAUACUAUUAUAUUACCACCAGCUGGUAUUGCAAUUAUAACCAUGAGUUUUGCUGAAUAUGUUUCUGAACCAUUCUUUUGUAUACUUCAAUUGAAAACAGAAAUAUUUGGAUAUGAAAAAAAAGUUAUUGCUAUUAUGGUUUUAGGUAUAAACAAGUGA